GCGACGGACAGCGAGCCAGCGCCCCAAUCCAAAGGAAGGAAGGAAGCCUGCCCGCCCCGUCCCGACCCGCCCCGAUCGAUCCCGACCCCAACCGGCCCCGAAAGUUUCCAUAUUGCCCCGGCGCCGGCGGCCAGGAGGAGGCUCCGCCGGGGAGAUCGGUCGAGGCUUCGUUUCAAUCCGGGGCUCCUCCGGCCGGCGAAACCGCGAGGCGACCGCGGGAGGCCGUGUGUUCCGGGAGCGGUUGGUCGCCUGCCUGCCUGCCUGCCGGCCAGCAGUCUGGUCCACGCCGCUCUCCCGGCGGCGCCAGGUGGACGGACAAAGCUGUGUGGUGUGGGCAAAAAGAUGAGAUGGGAUUAGGAGCAAGACAAGAAUCAGUGGGAACAAAGGCAUCAUAAAGCACCAAAAAAAAGUCAUCUCUGUCAGUCACCACACCAGGUUGUGUGUGCUUGUGCCUGUGGAAUCCUACAACUACAAGAGCGGCUUGCUCCUGAAGCCCAAGGGCCAAGGGUCCGUGCAGAGAUGGCGAAGAAGGGGCUCAAGAAGCUGCACGCCAAGGAUGCGCUCGACUUCUUCAACCAGGUCAUGGUGGAGCAGCCCCUGCUCCCGUUCCUCAUCCCCCUCGGCCUCUUCGCGUGGUUCGUCGAGCGCUGGGUCGUGCCUUUCUCCAACUGGGUGCCCCUCGCGGCCGCCGUCUGGGCGACCAUUCAGUAUGGGAGGUUUAAACGGAAGAUGGCUGUAGAAGAUUUGAACAAAAGAUGGAAGCACCUUAUACUGAACACAACACCUACCACUCCAAUAGAGCCCUGCGAGUGGUUGAACAAACUUUUGAUAGAAGUUUGGCCCAACUACAUGGAACCGAAACUAUCAAAGAAGUUCCAAUCUACUGUCGAGAGACGCUUAAAGAAUCGAAAACCAAAACUGAUAGAUAAAAUAGAAUUACAGGAAUUUUCACUCGGUUCUUGCCCACCUACCUUGGGAGAGCAGGGUAUGCGCUGGAUGACUUCAGGUGAACAGCAAGUCAUGUCCUUGGGUUUUGAUUGGCACAGCAAAGAGAUGAGCGUGAUGUUUAUGGCGAAAUUAGCAAAACCUCUGAUGGGCACUGCUCGCAUUGUUAUAAACAGCAUCCACAUCAAGGGCGAUCUUCUAUUGAGUCCCAUUCUUGAUGGUGAAGCUGUCCUCUAUUCUUUUGAAUCUACUCCAGAAGUCAGAAUAGGUGUAGCAUUUGGAAGUGGUGGAAGCCAAACAGUUCCUGGUAUGGAGUUACCGGGUGUCUCAACAUGGCUGGUAAAGCUUUUGACUGAAACAAUAGCUAAGACAAUGGUUGAGCCUCGCCGUCUCUGCUUUUCUUUGCCACCAGUAGAUCUGAAGAAACAAGCAGUUGGUGGUGUUCUUUCUGUUACUGUUGUUUCAGCUAGUAAUCUUGGCAGAAAGAGCAGAACUAAUGAGUUAGCGAAUCACCAAAGCUCAAGUGGAAACACUACACCUGGGACUCCUCUUAACAGGAAGGCACAUACAUUUAUUGAGGUAGAAGUUGGCACUUUGACGAGAAAAACAACUACUUGUGAGGGUCCAAAUCCUACAUGGAAUAGCACAUUUAACAUGGUACUGCAUGGAGAGACAGGUUUUGUCAAGUUUCUUCUGUAUGAACUGGAUUCUGAUGGUGUCAAGUACAAUUAUCUGACAAGCUGCGAGAUAAAGGUCAAGUAUGUUUUAGAUGGCUCGACAAUAUUUUGGGCUAUAGGACAUAAUGAUGGUGUGGUUGCAAGGCAUGCCGAGCAUUGUGGGAAAGAAGUUGGUAUGGUGGUUCCAUUUGAGGAGGAUAUUACAGGCGAGUUAACUGUCAGCCUUGUUCUAAAAGAAUGGCAAUUCUCUGAUGGGUCGGUUACAUUGAGUAACUCUCUAAGCAAUGAAUUUCAAUGUUCUAUUGAUGGAUCACCGAAGCUUCAAUCAAGGACAGGAAGGAUGCUCAGAGUCAAAGUAGUGGAGGGUAGGGCCCUUGCAGUAAACAGUAAAUCUGGGAAAUGUGAUCCUUAUGUGAAACUCCAGUAUGGAAAGGCUCUAUACAGAACGAAGACGCUCUCUCGUACGGCCCAGCCGGUCUGGAACGACAAGUUUGAAUUUGAAGAGAUUGGUGGUGGUGAAUAUCUGAAGGUCAAAUGCUAUAAUUUAGAUACAUUUAGUGAUGAUUGCAUUGGCAGUGCAAGAGUAAAUCUGGAGGGACUUCUAGAUGGUGCUAGCCGAGAUGUCUGGGUACCACUUGAAAAAGUAGAUUCAGGAGAGAUCAGGCUCGAAAUAGAGGCAAUACCAAAUGAUCUGAACGACAGUCUGAAGAGAUCAAGCAGUAAAGUUGAAGCUGGCUGGAUCGAGCUAGUAAUAGUUGAAGCCAGGGAUCUUGUUGCUGCUGAUCUUAGAGGAACUAGUGAUCCAUAUGUCAGGGUGCAAUAUGGGAACAAGAAGAAGCGAACCAAGGUCAUUUACAAGACGCUGGCUCCAAAUUGGAACCAGACAUUUGAGUUUGCAGAAACCGGAGAACCCCUGAUCCUGCAUGUCAAGGACCAUAACGCGGUCCUUCCAACCGCCAGCAUAGGGAACUGCACCGUCGAAUACAGCAUGCUUUCUCCGAAUCAACCCGCCGACAAAUGGAUACCGCUGCAAGGAGUGCGGAGCGGAGAAAUCCACGUGAAGAUCGCCCGAAGAGUCGCCGACUCGAAAAAGAAAACCAGCCUGCUGACAGACGCGUCCGCCCUUGGCAAAGGACACAAGAUAUCAGCACAGAUGAGGGACAGCUUGAAGAAAUGCGCGGGCUUGGUCGAUGACGGCGGUGACCUGGAGUCGCUGUCGCUGGCCCUGACGGAGGUGGAGGGCGUCCAGGACGAGCAGGAGGUGUACAUACAGCAGCUGGAGCGGGAGAAGGCCCUGAUGCUGCAAAAGAUACAUGACCUUGGUUCUGAAAUCGUCAGGACAUCCUCCGGUCCUCCAAGGACUCCCUACUAGCUAGAUCAACAAUUACAGUCCACAAACAAGAUGGCAAAGUGCUAAUCAUUUUUCGUAGAACUAUGUAAUUUAUCGGCGGUUGCUUGUAAGUAAGUAGACGGGUAGGAAAUCACGGCGAAAUCAUCACGUCGCGACGCCCUUAAAGUUGUACAAAAGCCCUUGAAAACGAGUUGUAAAUUUUCAGAAAGAGUCUAAAAUGAUUGUUGGAAUUUUGGUGCUGAAGCAUCAGUA